AUGAGUUCAAGUCCUCCUGUUGCGGACUUAUCUCGCAGAGAAGGAAUAAAUUCAAUUAACAUGCCGGGAGAGCCCGGCGGGUUGGAGCUUGGCCUAGGUGGAAUUGUUCCAGGUAACGAGCCAAGAGACCUCGGCGCCUUGAUACCAGACCAAAGUGGAAUUAUUCCAGGUAACGAGCCAAGAGAUCUCGGCGUCUUAGUGCCAGACCAAGGUGAAAUUGUUCCAUUUGACGUGCCAAGGGAGCUUGACGUCGUGGCGCCAGGUCAAGAUAAAAAUCAUCCAGUUCAAGUAGAGCUCGCCAGUGUGAGCGGGUCCCUUCAGAACAGCAUUAAUCCUUUUUACAAGGACUGGGAUAAUGAUAUCAACGAAUUGAUUUGGGUGUCAAAUUUAGAGGCUUGGAACCGAGGACUCGAUGCUGAAGCCUAUCAAGCUUUGUGCCAGGCAACACUUACUAUCGGUUUGGCGUUCUUAAACUCAAUUAGUAAACAUGAAAAGGGUGAAAGUAUUAAAUUACACUUGAUGCUCAAAAUGAGGGAUGGGGAACUGGGUGCCUGGUCAACGCAACCAAAAACAUGGGUUGUUACUGCUUAUGCAUUGAGAUAUAACCUCUAUGUUUACCGUGACUGGACUUUGCAAGAUUGGUUACCUGGCGCUCCAGAAGCCGCCAACGAUGGCUUCCAGAAAUUUACCGAAAAAUUGUUUGAACUACUCGACGGUCGGCUAGAAGGCAUGGUCAAAAUGUAUCAGGUAGAUUUCCAGGGUGCCUGGUUGGUGUUUGCAAUUAGACUCACAUAUGCGUUCCCAAAAGUUAGAAGAGCCUUUCAUUGGUUCGCCAGUGGUUUUUCUUUAUCAGUGGUUUGCGCUAUUGCCACUUUCACAAUGAACUUCACUAAAUUCGUGGAGAACGACUUGACCAAAUGGAUGUGGGUCUUUAUCGGCCUUCUGGUAAUUUUUUUUGUUCUCAGUGUCAUGGCUUGCGCUAACGGUCUGUGGAUCUACAGAAUCGCCACGGUGUGCUCGUCUAAACAGAAGAAAGAUAAACGCGAUAUCAAUUUGGCAAUCGCCACAGAAUCUAAACAGCAAUGGAUCCAUGAAAUUUUCGACACAAAUUCUACGUGGGCCUUCUGGAGGCACUUUAACCUCUACACGCGCAAUCACCCAAGGCCCACGGUCUUCUUAAGGACUCCAGGGGCUCCUCACGGUGUUAUCUAUGGAGCGGUUGUGUUAGGGCGUCUUCCACAGUACUGCACCUGGAAUAAUGGAUUUGAGAUUGAGGAUGAUCCUGCCGAUAAAGGUGCGGAUGAGGAAGCUGCUGGUCAGAAUCCUUAA